AUGAUUGAAAUUAAACGUAUAGAUAUAGAAAUAUCUCUGUCCUGCCGGUGUCGAGAGAUAGAUCCCACCUCUUCAUUAUCGCAAUAUUUUACUUCCAGCUUGGUGAUCCUAUUAUUGGCAUGCGGACACAACGCGAUACAUAGAAGACAGAAGCGAUAUCUGUUGUUCACGAAGGAUACUCAGUGGGGGGUUUUCGUUACCCUGUCAAUACCCCUUCACCCGGAAACAACGGUCAGCGUCGCAUGGUUCUUCGAAGCUAAUUACUACAAUGUCGACAAUUCCACCUAUUUCGAACCACUCUUAGGAGAUAUAAAUCUUGCAAGGAGCCGUAACGAACGUAAUGCCGAUUUGAUGAGUGAUUUCACGAGGCGCAGACUUUAUUUCCUCAUUGAAAGAAUACUGGAACAACACGACUACAGUGGACGGGCGUGCUUAUUGAGGGUCAUUUGUGAGAACGGAAAUUCCAAUCUGUUGCAUAGCGGUGUUUUAGGAGAUAUACUGCAUUUGAUACUAACUCCUUCCACAUCUAUGGCCGAAGACAAUCUACCCGACUGUUACUAUGAAGCCGAAUAUUAUGGUUUGGAUGAUCGUUGCAAAAAGUACGCGGAAUCGUGCCCAUCUAGUCCUUUAGAAGUGAUCACGACAUUUAUUGACCGAUUAAUAUAA